AAAUGGCGGCGCCCAUAAGUGAGAGGAUUCCCGCCCUGGCGCCCGGCGCUGCCCCCUACGGCAACUUCCCCCAUUACUCCCGCUUCCACCCGCCUGAGGGUCGCGUCAGCCUCUUGCCUCCGGGGCUCUUGCGGCGCCUGUUCCCCGCUGAGGCCCGUCCGCUGCUGGGGCUCGACGUGGGGUGCAACUCAGGGGAGCUAAGUGUGGCUCUGUACAGGCACCUGCUUGGCCUUCAGGAGGGUGAAGGCAGCCUGGAUCAGCCUGCAGCUGGAAAGGAUCUGAACCUUUUGUGUUGUGACAUCGAUCCGGUGUUGAUUGAGAGGGCUCAGCAGUGCAAUCCCUUUCCUGCCUCCAUAUCCUUUGCAGAGCUGGAUAUCAUGGACUCCGGUGCCAGGGAGCCGUUCCUGAGCUCCUACUUGAGCCAUUUUAGCCGCUCCACCUUUGAUGUUGGCUUUUGCAUGUCUGUGACCAUGUGGAUCCACCUGAACCAUGGGGACAGUGGCCUGAUAGAGUUCUUGUCCUUCCUCUCCUCUCUGUGCAAAUACCUGCUGAUUGAACCCCAGCCUUGGAAAUGCUACAGAGCAGCUGCCCGCCGCCUGCGGAAACUGGGCAGAAAUGACUUUGAUCAUUUCCGAUCUCUUGCUAUCAAUGGGGACAUGGUGGAGAGGAUAAUGGAAAUUUUAACAAAGGACUGUGCCAUGGAGUUGGUGUGUUGCUUUGGCAGCACCAGCUGGGACAGAAGCCUCUUGCUCUUUAAAUCAAAGGGAUCAAAUCAGAGUGGUAGGGAGCCCUCAGAACAGGAGCAGUGCUGUGAUUGACAGAAGUAGCCUCUCAUAUUCAUGACUCCUUAGGAAAGGAGGUGUGUGCUGGUUACAGAGUCACAUCUAGGAAUUGCUAAAUGCCUGUCAGGAUCAUACCUUGACCUCCCAAAGGAAUUUGGGGCAAGUCAUGUCUGUGGUUUUUUUUUUUUCUUUCUUUCCAUCUGCAAAAUGCGGUGACAGUUUUAACCUGCCUUGUAGGUUCUGAGAUUUCCAUUCCUAGAAAGAUGCUUUCUAUGUGUGCUAAGAAUAUUCUCUGGAAUAAAAGAGAGAGUGCCUUUAUCAUCCCCAGAGGUUUUAACGGAAAGAGAAGGAAAUUGCAUUUCUCUUGACCCAUGUGAAUACAUUGUUUUGCUUGACAUAUUUCCUCUUUAAAAUACUUCAAGAAAAACAUAAAAUAUGGCUUACCAACCAUAAGCAAAUAAUUUGGAUCAGUGCAGAGAGAGUCUGCUUGGUCAGUAUUUUGGUCAGGCUGUCAUCAGUAUGCCCUUGCUUUUGUCAGAUAAGGUUUGCAUGGGGUAUACUUUGAAGGCUGAUAAUGGUGUGAAUGUGUUUAUUUUUUUAAUGGUGGAGUGACUUUUUUAUGGUAAGAUGUGUAUUUAAGUGUAUAUAA